AUGCAGGAGCAGAAAGGGAGGCUGAAGACCGCCAGUGCGCUCUUGGCGUCGUUCAACUUUGCGGGCUUGGUAGAGAUCUCGGAUCAUACAUCUGGUAAGCACGCUCCGCAUUGGUGUAGGACCUCAAAGUAAGCCCCACUCACCAUCCCUGCAUCUCGUCGCUCAGCUGGACGAGGCUUGAUCUUGGCCGGGUCAGAGCCGAGCAAGGCGGACGAGCUACUUUUGCGCGUCCCCUCUACCUCGCUCCUCAAUGUUCGCACGGCUAAGCGCUGGUUGCACACGUCAUUACUACCUUCCAAACAACGCCCAAGCCAUCCAUACAACAACGCAACGAUUGAAGAAUCGACACAACCAGCUCCGUCGGGCUGCAAAGACAUACAAUCAGAGACCUUGAGUGGCAUAGAGCAGGGAGGUGCGCAUGUGCCUCUUCCUCUGAGCAGCCAUCAAGCUCUCGCGCUACUGCUGGCAAUCUGGAAAUCUGCACAACGUCAGCCGGCUCAGAAUGGCCCUCACGAGAAGUCUGGUGAAGGUCCGCUUCCAUUGGCGAAUACCUCGGUAGAAGUCGCCUCCCCAGCAUUCUUGGACGCCUUCUUGGGCACAGCUCCAGCUUCCUACGAUACUCACCCCUUGUCCUACUCGAGUGAGCCGUCUGCUGGACUUGUUCCAAGCAUUCUGGCCAAGUGUCUACCGGCACACGCUUCAGAGCUUGUGCAAAGAGUCAGGAGUCGCUUUCAUCGAGAUUGGUCCGUGAUCGAGGGCUUGCAAGUGCGUAAGGAAACAUUGUUGGGAAGAUGGGAACUAUCGUCAAGCUCACGUUCCGAUUACCGCUCCUGCUCAUCGUCAGCGACGUCACCCUGAAAUGUUGAUUCCGCUUGAGGCAAUCUCUGACACCGUUUCAUCAACAAAGAAGGCAUCGCUACCUCGGCAGUCCAUCAUAGUGACAAAGGAGGACUUCAAAUGGGGCUGGUUGUGUGUCAACACGUAAGCACGGCGCCCGUUGUGAAUGACGUAACGAGAGUCGAGCAGCAGACUUACCAUCAGCUCUCAACCUCGCAGCCGCUGCCUACAUCUACCUCAAGGUCUGACUCCUCAUGCAGACAAUCUGACGCUCGCUGUGAGAGCGGCAAAGAUUCAAUUGCAGAAGACGGACGUUGCUUCUGACGUACUGAUUCCGCAAAAUCCCAGCCAAUUCUCGAUUUGGCAAAUCACAAGCCGAGCUCUUCUUCGGAUCUCGAUGCCUGCAACGUUAGACACACUCCGUCGAGCGGCUUGGAGCUACACGCUCCGUCUCGUCGGGGAGCUUUGCAGCCAGGGGACCAAGUCACAUUCUGUUAUGGAGCUCAUGCAGCACAGGUGAGAGCGACUUAUGCGCGCCUCAUCGAAAUGUUUGCAUUGCUGAUGCUUUGCACCGUCGAUGUGCUGCAGAUGCUUUUCGCGGAGUACGGCUUCGUACUGCCUCGCGAACGAAGUCCCUCCAUGGAGUCAGGCCAAGUGCAACAAUGGAACGGCUGUCCAUUCGCUGAGGUCAGAUUGGACGAUGGAAUCAUUAGACUUUUCAAAGAGCAGGGAGACGAAGGUAUAGCUAAAGAGAAUUUAUUACAAGCUAGAGGCUACUGGCUGUGAGUCAAUGAGCGAUUUUGAUACGUGGUUGGCAACGCGUCGAGCAACGCUGAGGACUGCUGCUUGUCAUACGCCUUCGCUUCGAGACAGAGACUACACCAUUCACCCAGACCCGUUCCCACCUCACGCCUCGCAUCGACUAAUCUGCGCCCUUAGACUAUUGCACGUACCCUUGAGCUCGACUUCUGUUCACGAACGUUCUAAUCAGAACAACUUGGUACGCACCUAUCCGAUCACAUCUGCCCCUUUCAUCAACCGUUCUCCCGGGCGAACAAAUGCAGAACUCCAGGGAUGGGAAGCUACCCUGCUUGGGCUGCGCCAUCACGUCAGCGACGAAAAUGAAGAUAAAGCACAUGGCACACUGAUGAAAUUAUGUCAAGACGUAAUGGAUGAUCGGACCUCAAGACUCUCACUUCUACAUAGCAUGUUGCAGAACAGGCACUCUGAAUCUCUUAGCGAGGCAUCAGAACCCGUAAAACACGCAUCAGCGCGGGACGCGGACAGCGUCAUCGACAUGGUUCGCACAAUGCUGAUCGAUGACUUUGAUAUUGCACAGUCUGUACUGGCAAUCACUCGAGCGGGCGGAAUCGAAUCGGAAUGGUCAUAG